CCAUAAUUACUCCUUACAAUCUUCAUCUUCUUCUUCACUCUUCACUGGAACUCAAAAGCUUCACUCAAAAACCUAUACAUACAUACAAUUUUGUAUAUAUAGUUAUUUUUUGAAGCUUUGAUUUCGCUAUAAUGGAUGCAGCAGCUGCACAGUUGGUUUACUGUGGAAUUGAUCCUCUGUGUCGCUCUUCAUUGCCGUAUCGUGGUCUGUCUUCUUCGUCUUCAUCAUCAUCGUUGAAGAAAUUGAGGAUUCGGAGGAAAAACGGAAUCGUUAGAGCAAUUGCUACUGAACCUAAGCCGUCGGAGUCAAAGGCAACCGGCAUUCCUAAACCAGUCAAUGGUUCUUCUACAAGAAUACAGGAUGUAUCACAAGAGAUCAAGAGAGUGAGGGCGCAAAUGGAAGAAAAUGAAGACUUAGCUAUACUCAUGAGGGGGCUUCGAGGUCAAAACCUGAGGGAUUCAUUGUUUGCUGAUGAUAACAUUAAGCUUCGUCUAGUAGAGGUUGAUGAGAGCAGUGAGUUCUUGCCCUUAGUUUAUGAUCCUGCUAGCAUUUCUGCAUAUUGGGGUAAACGACCGCGUGCUGUUGCAACCCGUAUAGUCCAGCUAACAUCUGUUGCUGGAGGUUUUCUUUCACGUCUUGCCUGGGACUUGAUAAAUAAAAAGGUUAAAGAGAAUGAGGUUGCUCGAGCAAUUGAGUUGAGGGAGAUUGUAACAUCACUGGGUCCAGCAUACAUAAAGCUAGGGCAAGCUUUAAGCAUCCGGCCAGAUAUACUAUCACCUGCUGCGAUGGUUGAGCUGCAGAAGCUUUGUGAUAAGGUUCCAUCAUUUCCAGAUGAUGUUGCUAUGGCCCUUAUAGAGGAGGAAUUGGGAGAACCGUGGUCUAACAUCUAUUCUGAGCUUUCUCCGUCCCCAAUUGCUGCUGCAUCCCUUGGGCAGGUUUAUAAGGGCCGACUGAAGGAGAAUGGAGACUUGGUUGCUGUUAAAGUACAGAGGCCCUUUGUCCUUGAGACAGUGACAGUUGAUCUAUUCAUCAUACGGAACUUGGGGCUAGUUCUUCGCAAGUUUCCGCAGAUUUCCAUUGAUGUGGUUGGAUUGGUUGAUGAAUGGGCUGCCCGGUUCUUCGAAGAACUUGACUAUGUGAAUGAAGGAGAAAAUGGAACAGUUUUUGCUGAGAUGAUGAAAAAAGACCUUCCUCAGGUUGUUGUCCCUAAGACAUAUAGCAAGUAUACUUCAAGGAAGGUUCUUACAACAGGAUGGAUUGAUGGAGAGAAGCUAUCACAAAGCACCGCAAGUGAUGUAGGUGAUUUGGUAAAUGUUGGAGUCAUAUGCUACCUUAAGCAGUUGCUUGACACUGGUUUCUUCCAUGCGGAUCCACAUCCAGGGAACUUAAUACGUACGCCAGAUGGAAAGCUAGCUGUACUUGACUUUGGCUUGGUUACAAAAUUAACAGAUGAUCAGAAAUAUGGUAUGAUCGAAGCCAUAGCUCACCUUAUUCAUCGAGAUUAUGGUGCCAUAGUCAAGGACUUUGUGAAAUUAGGUUUCAUUCCCGAUGGGGUCAAUUUGCAACCCAUUUUGCCUGUACUUGCCAAGGUUUUUGACCAGGCACUUGAAGGUGGGGGAGCAAAAAAUCUUAACUUUCAGGAGCUGGCAUCAGAUUUGGCACAAAUAACAUUUGAUUAUCCAUUUAGAAUACCACCCUAUUUUGCUUUAAUAAUUCGAGCAAUAGGCGUGCUGGAGGGGAUUGCACUGGUGGGGAACUCUGAUUUUGCCAUAGUGGAUGAAGCUUACCCAUAUAUAGCACAGAGACUGCUGACAGAUGAAUCUCCGCGGUUACGGAGUGCUUUACGUUACACAAUAUAUGGGAAAUCUGGUGUUUUUGAUGCUGAAAGAUUCAUAGAUGUUAUGCAAGCAUUUGAGAAUUUUAUAACUGCAGCUAAGAGUGGAGGUGGGGAGAGUUUGAAUGGGAGAAUGGCAGAGCUUGGCAUUCUGCAGAGCCAAACAAAUAGCAUAAUUCCUUUUCCCUCAAGUGCUUACCAAACAGAGCAGCCAAUUCAAACCAGAGCAGCAUUAGCAUUUCUGCUCUCUGAUAAAGGGAAUUUUUUCCGUGAAUUCCUUUUGGAUGAGAUAGUGAAGGGCAUUGAUGCAUUAACAAGGGAGCAGUUGGUUCAAAUAAUGGCAUACCUUGGAAUUGGAAAUGCAAUUCCAGUAUUCAGUAUGGUUCCUGCUGCUUUUGUACCUAUUAGACCGGCUGCACUUGUACCAUAUGUGACCGAGGAGGACAAAAUCAUAUUGAACAAUGUUCAAAAAAUCAUCCAAUUCUUAGCUGCUGGGACUGCAUCUAACCAGGGUUUGGAUGGAGCAAGUGUCCCUAGAGUGAUCCAGGAGCUUCUUCCAGUGCUUCCAGGCCUCUCCGCUAAGGUUCUUCCUGAGAUUCUUAGUCGACUUACUUCUCGUGUGAUGGCACGCUUGAUUCGAGAUGCACUGUUGUAAUUCCAAUCCUUCUAAUCUUACAGUUUCCUCUUCUUGAAUUGUGCAUAUAUCAUUUUCACAAACUUGAGGAGUGUGUAGAAAUAGAAAAAGUAUAUUUAUUGUAUCCUCAUAUGAGGUUUUACCAAUUAAUACUGACCAGUAUAGUUUCUGUACUCUUAUCAGAACAAAUGUAAACUUCCAUAUAUCAAAAAGAAAUAUGAUACUAACAGCAAUUCC